AUGGCUGAACCGCAGAACGGGACCAGUCCCCCGGCUGGCAAGGACACUGACACUGACACUGUCAAUGUCAAGAAGGACGAGAAGCCAUUCUCCUGGCUUAACCCGCAUCCCAUCUUUGUCAUUAUUCUCGUCGGCCCCGAAGAAUGUCCCUUUGGAAUACAGAAGGACUUUCUUUGCGCGCGAUCCGAGUUCUAUGAGAAACACUUCGCUGCGAUGAGCUCCCUUGACAAGGUAGAACACCUUGUCAAGCUCCCCGACACGACCAAGGAGAUUUUUGGGCUGGCCCAACACUUUCUGUACACCGACAAGGUCAUAUCUGACGAGUCCAAUGUGCCCUCCUACGAGGCCCUGGUUGGACUCUGGAAGCUCGGCCAUCACCUGGGCAUCAAGGGGCUCUGUGACAAGGCCCUCGACGCCAUGGUUGAUUGUCGACGUCUCACUGAGCGGAUCCCAGCGACGCCUCUUCUCAUCCAGGUCUGGCAGGACACCCCCGAGGGCUCUUCGAUCCGAAAGCUGCUCCUGUCGUGGACGGCCGAGUACAUGCGAUCCUCGGAUGCUCGAGCAGAGUUUGCCAAGUCGCUGCCCCAGGAGGUCCUCAGCGAGCUUGUCGUCGCCAUGAGCUCCUUCGACACUGCUCCCGCGGUAGAGCGGGCUACCGAAUCCAUCGUUGUGCCCUCCACCAUCCCGGCUGCGACACCCCGAAAGAAUGUUCACUACCUCGAGGACGAGCCUGACAGUGACGCUAAGAAGGCUCGACGAGUCAGUGGGAUCCCCAUCAGCAACCCGUCGUCGGCGGAUAGAUCUAUCAAGGCUCGCGUCACCCUGCCCAAGCCCGCUGUCAAGCGUAGAACCAGCGCGGGCUACGCAGACGGCCGUGAGUUUAGCACAGCACGGAAGAUGGAAUUCUGUGCCGACCUCUUGAGCAGAAUGCUAUCUGGCCCUGGUUUCUGGACCCGACUCGUCGGCCCCUUUCGUGAUCCCGUUGAGCCUAUCGAAGAUGGCGUGCCGGAUUACUUUGACAAAGUCAAGCGACCUAUGGACCUGAGCACCAUCAAGGCUAAGAUGGACAGAAAGGAGUACGCAAACGAGGAUGAGUUCCUGAGGGACAUUCGCCAGAUCUUUGAGAACUGCUUCACGUACUGGAAGGAGGGAGAUCCUAUGUGGGCCGCUGGAGAGAGACUCCAGAAGACCUUUGAGGAAAAGUUCCUGCAGAUGAACAAAUGGGUUGCCAAGAUGACUGGCGACGAGGACUAA